ACCAUACUUUCUUCUAUUAAUGCCCACCAAAACUCUCCCUGCCCCUAUACUACACUAUACUUACCCUUUCCACCACUAUUAUUAUUAUUAUUUCCACAUACCAUACAAAUUAUUCACUUGAAUGCUUAGAGAGAGAAAGAGUGAUAACUGAUCAUGGAGGUUGUUGGCAUGAAGAAGGAGAAUAUGAGAUUUGAAGAAACUGAGCUGAGACUUGGAAUUGGAUCAGCCAUAGUUUCUGAAGAAGUUGUAAGGAAGAGAGGAUUUUCUGAGACUGAAACUCAUCAUGAUGAUGAGAAAACUACCAUGGAUUUGAUGCUUAAUCUUUCCUCUAAGGAAGCUACUGCUGAGGUAGAUCCAAAUCAUAAGAGCACCAAGACUUUGCCAAAGGAGAAGACUCUCUUGCUUGCAGAUCCAGCUAAACCUCCUACAAAGACGCAAGUGGUAGGUUGGCCACCUGUGAGGUCGUUCAGGAAGAACAUGUUAGCAACACAAAAGAGUGAAGAAAGUGGCAAUCUAAAUCACAUUGCUAUUAGCUUUGUGAAAGUUAGCAUGGAUGGAGCACCUUACCUCCGUAAAGUAGACUUGAAGAUGUACAAAAACUACUCCCAGCUUUCCGAUUCCUUAGGCAAAAUGUUCAGCUCCUUCACCAUUGGAAACUGUGAAUCUCAAGGCAUGAAGGAUUUUAUGAAUGAGAGUAAGUUGAUGGAUCUUUUAAACAACUCUGAUUAUGUCCCAACCUACGAAGACAAGGAUGGUGACUGGAUGCUUGUCGGUGACGUUCCAUGGGAGAUGUUUGUUGAAUCAUGCAAACGUCUCCGUAUCAUGAAAGGAAAGGAGGCUAUUGGUAUCGCACCAAGAGCUAUGGAGAAAUGCAAAAACAGGAGCUAGUUUACCACCUGCUCCAUCCUUUAUCAUAUUUUGAUGCCGGUUUGAAUUAUAGUAAGAUAAUUAAGAGCACAGCAGCCACAAAUUAAUGGACAUAACAGGAUGUUCAAUAUAAUUAAUUUGUGUAUUAUUUAUUAUAUGGUUUGUGUUGUUAUAUAUAUUGUUUAAAACAAAAUAUAAUUAAGAGUCUUAAGUGCUGCAGUAAGUAGUAAGAACAGACACAAUAAACGACUCUAAAUUAUAUAUAUUUGAUUUCCAA